UCAAGGUCGCGGUAGUAGGAUAUGAUUGAAAGUUGACAGGUGUUCUGUUUAUCAUUCAAAUUUUGGAAGGCAGUGAACAUCCUCCUUUGUGGUCUGUCAGAUUUUAAGUACUGUCAAUUUGCAUGGACUUUACACAAUCUUACCAAGUAAAAUUCUACCGUUCUCCAUAAUUUGGUUGAAAAAAGUAAAUAUGUAGCCCUAAUUUUUACGACUUAUUUUUCUCGUUUUGUGAUCCCGGUUUUUGCAACGUGGCUCCAAAUCCCCCCUGAGAGCCCGCAUGUGUGAAGAAGAAACAACAACCUGCCAGUCGCUCCUCCUCUUCCCUCCUCUCCUCCUCCCCCUCCUCCUCCUCCUCCUCCUCUUCCAUCCCUCACUUGAUGCCAUCCCAGUGUCGGAGGAGAGCCUGCGCGACAGCGGAGACGAACCAAGAGACAAUCAGAUGUGGGGACUGGCCGAAGCGAAGAAACUGGAAUAAUGUCGCUAGCGUUGCUGUCCCGCUGUCUCGGUGCAGUUCUGGUGCUGUUCUGGAAUCCGUCGUGGCCCCCGGCCCAUUCGGCUUCAGCGCCUGAGAACGAGGUGACCCACUGGCCCACCGCGUGGUUAUCGGAAGGGAAGCCCACCACUGUGACGCUCCCUAAAGGACGCACUCGCAGGAUGUACUUCACACUGAGGAAGGCAGCGGCCAUGUCAGUGACGGUCAGUCCUUGUGACUCACCCAUCGAGUGGAGUCUGGCUGCUCGCACCCUGAAGGACAAACUUCUCAAGAGUCAGGAGUGGAGCUCCAAAAAGAGCAUGCCCGAAAUGUGGUGGAGAGGUCCUGGGACGGAGGAGAAAAUCCACACUUUUUCCGGCAGUGCAGUGGACACCUACAGUGGUCCGACGUCCCCUCGCGCGUCCAUCUACAUCCUGAGGUUGCGAUCCAAGCAGCAGAGCGGCAGAGCCACGGUGUACCUCCACCAAGGCCCGGGCCUGUCGGGCGUUUUCCCAGUCAUUCCGUCUGACCCCCGAGUACACACGUUGGGCGUGGGGAUGACGAGCGUCACCCUCAGCUGGACUCCCAGCCCCUCGCUGGCUGGUCCCGCUCAGGACAAAUACGACUACUGCGUCCUGGUCAACUCCAAACGCAACUUGCCCAGCCUUUGCGCGGCCCAAGAGACCACCAGGGAGGAGACGAAUAAAAACAGAGAGAAGACGGAGAAGAAGAGGAGGAUGACGGCAUGGCCCAUCCUGAAGGAGUGGUGGUGGGAGCAGUGGGAGGUGGACUUGGAGGAAAAGAGUCCAUCUUCUCAUGGGGAUCUCCGGUGUGCCUGCGAGGGGACGGAGAGCGUCUGCACAGUCUCCGAGCUAUUACCUGACACGCAGUACUACUUUGACGUCUUCGUAAGGGACCGAGUGAACGGGACCAGCGCGGCCUAUGAGGGGACCGUCGCCCGGACCCACGGGGAAGCCCGGCCGUCCGUCACCGCGUUGAGGGAAGGCGAGUUGAGGUGGAUCACCUUCCAGGACAGCGGCCCGAGAUCCGAGUCGUUCUUCAGCUUCCGUCCUCGCGGCUCGCAGCAGAGUGGUCUCCUCACCGCGCAGGGCUGCGGAGGGGGCAGCAAAUUCAAGAUCACCGUGUCCGGUAAAGCUCGUGUUCUGACCACCCAGGCCGUGGGGAAGGAAUUGGUGCAGAUUUGGCUCCAGGGAAGCCCGCUUUAUCUCAUCCACUUGGAGAGGGAAGGACCCGCCGUGAGCGAGAGCUCCACCGCUGCCUUAGCAGGGGGUCUGAAGGCUUCGGUCAAAUUGCAGACCUCGUCCGCGUACCACCGCAAGGGCGUCCCGUCCCUUCCGUCCACCUUGCAAGUCAAAUCCUUCAACCGCUUACGCGGGUGCAACAGUGUCACCCUAGCCUGGAUGGGCACCGAAGAGAGGAGCCUCUACUGUGUGUACCAGCGAAAGCAGGGGGGCCGACAUGACGAGGACACCCUCGACGCAUCCUGCCUGGGACCGGAAUCCCGCUCGGAUACCGAGAGGGUUCUCUGCAAGUAUUUCCAGGAGCUGAACCCGAGGCGGGCCGUCACUACGGCUGUGAUCGGGAGCCUGGAGCCGGGGACCACUUAUGUGUUUGACGUCUAUUUAAUGAGACGCUGGGGGAUUCCCGUCAAGUAUGCCAGCAAGACAGUCAAGACCAGGAAGGAGUGCUGAGAUGCCGCCCCCUGCAGGAGGGUUGUGGACUAAACUGUAAAGCCUGACCAUGAGAAUGAAGCCAGUUGACUGUGGUGGGGGGAAAAAAAAAAGGCGUAUUCCUUUUUGGAGGAGCAAUAGUUGGCCUGGCCACUUGUCUUCUUCUCGGGACUCGAGAAGAAUCCGCACACCAGCAAAUUUUCAGAUGAUUCCUGUUUAAUAUUUACAAUAGAAUGCUCGCGUCGCUUCUAAUCAUCCAUCGUGAUAAAGACGUGGCAGCGGUCCAAGUGCUCGUUUUGUGAUCGAGUACAAAGGACAGAUGAGGUUUGUGUUGUCAGAGCACACAGGCAAAAAAAAAAACAAAAACAACAAAAAACAAAAAACAGAGUCCAUGUGGCAAAUAUGCAACAGAAACAGAUGGGCCAAUAAUUGGAUGACAUCUGAGAUAUGUGGGUGGGAAGGGGAGCAGCGGGAGGCUGGGGGGGAUUUGUAGUAUAUAUUUCCGGUGCUGCUUAUUGUACCAGUGCAGCAAGAGUGCAAUCUACAGAUGCUUAGUUCAAAGUCAAAAAUGUGUAUCUUUGUGUUGUGCUUUUCGCAUGAAGAAGUGGAGAAAAAAAAAAACCUACUUGUGACUAUAGCCUCAUUGUCAUUGAUGUAUUCUUGUGCUGUCUCAAACGCCCCAAUAAAUUCCGCGGUAUCGCUACAUUUUUCACUA